AUGGGCGUUGCGACACGGGAAUCCGAAAGAAUAUGGACUGUGUUACAAGUAAUUUUCACCUGCAUUACUCUGUUCCAUGUUGUUUCCACGAAUGACGCUCGGACCCAUCCAAAUCAUCGAAAUAAUGUCCUCAGUAUGAAAGAUCUGACAGACCAUUGGAUCGGAAUACAGAAGUCACCUUAUACACCCUUCUCCGGAACACUAAGCCCAACAUCUGCACCCACUUCACCACCUACAUCCCUGCCACUGAGCACCAAAAAGAUUACAAAAGCAACCAAGAAGAAGAAAAAGAAAACAGAUACAAAACGAAGAUUGGACGAAGACUACAAUGAUCCGUUCUACAGAGACAGAGAAAAGUAUGCUUAUCCUGACUUCGAUUAUGAUUAUGAUUCCUUCGGUCCGAUGUACAGUCCUCCCACCGCUCAGUCACCAUAUGUAGUAAGAGGAACAGCGGCAUCACCCAAAACUAUUUAUCUCAAUUCCGCAGAGAGUCAUGAUUCUCCAGCUGUUGGAGAAGUGCUGGCGGCAACUCCAAAAGUGGCCACAUACGUUGUCCCAUCUUCAAAGAAAUAUGUGGUUCAGAGGGUGAAGUCUCAUGCUGUGUACCUCCCACCAUCGCAUCCUUCUAGGAGUGAUAUGUAUGCGUCAGCUUCCAGUCCUGGAAUGCGUAGAGUGGAUCCUCUUGACUACGAUGACAACGGGGGAGGAGGAGGAUCAUUUCUUAAUUUGGGUACACAAGAGGGAUUUCCACCGAGGCCAGUGAUGAAUAAAAUCAUUCAACCAGGUCAAAGACAGCCGUGUCAUGGUCCAGAAUGCCACCAGCACCACAAAGGACUCGUCCGUUUCUACUGGAGGAGGGUUGUGUUUCCUCCGGAUGAACCAGGAAGAGGAAGAAGAUUUAGAUUCAGAAGGCCACAGAGAGGAAGAAACCGCAGAAGACGAGUGCGCGAUAGGUCAAGAGCUCCUUCGGAUCAGAGGGAACUCUACCACUCAGAAGAAGGAGACACGCAGGAAGUAGAUGGCACUAGCAAUUAUGAUAAUGAUGAGGAAGAAGAUGAAGAAGAAGAGGACGAUGAGGAGGAGAACGAUGAAACAUAUGUCUCCAAGCGAAAAUCUUGGAAACCUGGAAAAGCUUACGGUCACAAUUUUAAUGAGGGCAAAAACUACAAUGAAGCUGAUAAAAGAAUUUACAGAGAUAAACGGUUUGCAUUCAAAAAAUGGAGGAAUGGUAAUUAA